UCCGGACCGGCUGCGACGGCGGCAGCGCGCGGCAGCUGCACCGGUGGCUGCACAACUGAUAGGCGAGGGCAGGUCUCGAGCUCUUGCCACGUCUUCUGGAAGGGUUCGCCCACUUGGAGUCCCUCAACGCCCCAUAGGUCAAUGAGCGACCGGAGAGGAAUCUAGCGAGAGCGAGCCUUCGCCAGCAUCGCUAACCACAGCUGCUGCCGCCGCCAUGUUGAUUACCCGGCGCUGCGGUCUCCUGCUGGGGGCGGUUGUAGCGGCGGUUGUCGUCUGCUCCUGUGAAGCCGCGCCGUCUGCGUCCAAGGAGACCCUGAAAGGCACCGAGCAUAAUGCCUCCACCCCGAGCACGGCCCUGAUGGUCCUUCCUCUUCAAACGCCGUUGACGCCAAGUUCCCACGACAAUGCCACGGCGGCCAACGAAACGACACUGACGCCAGCGCACAACGCAACGACUGCGCCGGCUGCGGCUGCGAACGGAACUGCUCCCUCCAAGGUGGCAAACACCACAGGCCACGAAGGAGACGCCGUGCUCCACUUUGGCACGGGCUCUGGUGGUGAAGUUGUGAAGAAACCACAACCUCACGCUUACUUCUUCUCUUCUUGGAUAACAUGGCGGGAGGACAACUACCUGAUGAGCAUCCUCAUCCCAAUCGGGUGUGGGGUGGCUGCAGCUGUGCUCAUCCUGUGCUCCUUGGCCUGCAUCGGCUGCUGCCGCCGACGGUGUCGAUCACGCAACCGCCGCAAGCUGCACCGCAAGAUCGACCCGAAAACUUUCCGGAAGAUGAAGGCUGCAGACAGAAUCAAGCUGCUGGCUGCAAGUUCGGACGAGGAAUUCUGACCCGAAACCUGAGGCUUCACCUGACGGGGAAAUUUAACUCCUGCCAAGCCAGGGUGUGCAAUGGAGUCUUCAGCAUGCCACUUGACCUCUUGAGGCUGCACUGUUAGUUGUGGCCAUCUACAUGCUAUGAACACUGUGCAAUACUUGGCGGAGUUUCCAAUGUUGCAGUACUACUAUGGCAUGGGCUUACUGGUGUUACCGCUUUGACGACUAUCCCCUUGAGUGGUCUCACAUCUUUUUCACAUCAUUUUCAAAGGAAACAUUCUGAACAGUAUUCUACAGCCACCACCAUGGUGACGUGUAGGACGUAUCAAGGGCUGGUUAAAAAACGUCAGCAGGGUUCCGCCAAGAAAGUACUUAUUUUGAUUAUAUUGUGCUGCCAAAUUCCUGUGGCUAUCUUGUUUGUGACUUUUCAGCUCAGGACUGUGCUCUGAGAUUGUUUUCAAAAUCAUUAGAGGAAUUUACCAAUGUUGAUUCAUCUCCCCAAACUCUGAGUUAUGAUUCAGGUUAAAAAAGACUCUGAAUACGUGAAUUCGUUAAGAGGUGGCAGGUUUGUAUUCCAGAUUGACGAAUGACAUAGAUUUUUCGCACUGUUAUUUUACAGCGUCCACAACGUUUGUCUUAAAGUUAUUGGGUGAAAUUUUUAUGCGAGCCGACUCUUUGAUUACCCACAUGAAAUUACGAUAUAUCUGGCAACUAACAUUGGCACGAUGCUUUAACUCUGGUGAUUGUUAUUUAUUCUGCAAAUAAUGGCCUGCCGCAUGCAGUAAUUCACUGCAAACCUGAAACGGCGCCAUUUGAAACAACCGAUAUUUCGAACAAUGCGUUAAAAAUAAUAAGAUCCGUCUAACAUGUUUCAAAUGUGCUCAUGGCGCCGCAAGAGUGCCAGUCUUGAAGCUAGGAAUCAGCACGAAAAAAAACUGUAGACACUUUGCGUAAAUAUGUGGCUGAAAUUAGUGGCAACAGCAAGUUCAAGUACCCCUUCAACACCGUGUCUCAGACGUAUAACAUUUUGCUGCUUAAUCGCCACUUCUGGUGCAUGUUAGAGGCAAUUGCUCUCUACCAGGACGCAGAUGCCACGCACCCCUAUAGAACAUGUUCGCGUGCUCAGUUCCUAUGCUGUGUUACCGUCCACCAUGCACUCGAGAAUUAAGACCGUUGCCUCAAAAAUUUGCGUGCGUAGCUGCGUGUCUUUUCACGGAAUUUUUUGCUUGACUAGACACUACACAGGAGGCUUCAGACGCCACGACACAAACCAGUACAAACAUUCUAUAAACGUACUCUCGCAUGCUAGAUUUUAAUAAUCACCCAUCAUAGAGGUGCAUAUGACGCACAAGACGCUGCAGACGACCACUUCAGACAACAGCUUGAAGGUGCAGUGCAAACAUUCAAUAUAACCUGCUAACUCAAGUAAAACAUUUGCUUUGAAAGUGAUUUACGUUCAUAGGUUCAACUUGCUCCGCCACCGCUAAAAGUAGAACUUUUGGCGCUUGGAUGUCUACAUGACUAAAAUUCGUCUCCUUGCGCCCAUACGAGUAACCGCGUUUUGUAAAUAACCGAGUUGGGAGCACCUAUGUCAAGUGGAGUAGAUAUAAUGAAAAACCUAUGAAAAUAAUUAGUCACGAACAAGCUGUCCUAAUCUUACACCAAAUUUAUAUUGUUCUUGUUUCGACAUUGCACUACGUUAAUUGCGCUGCACAUUCAGUUUGUGUUGGCCAGCACAAGCGUCCUAGCUUAUGUAGUGCACUAUUUCUGCAUGGCAGAGUAUCUCCCUGAAAGGAGCAGGAGGAAACAUUUAAAAGAACUGCAACCCGGAAAGCGAAUGUGUCUGUGUAAGCACAGUUGCAUAAAACCAUCGCUUAUCGAUUUCAUUCAUUACUCGCCACCCUGGGGCUAAUAAGUCUAAUUGCUCUUAAGGGAGUGCACAGCAGUUUCAAAAUGCUUGUAAAUAGCUAGCGUACACAUAUUUGAUACCUUGGGAUAUAACGUAUUAACAAAAGUCUGAAGUUGAUCCGCAGGAAGAAUUUAUGUACAGGUUCCGAUGGUGCGCAGUUAUUUCUUUUUCUCGAGAUUUCAGGCUUUUGUUUCCUUUUUGUAUAAACUGCAUGACGCACGGCGUGGUGUUUUCUAAACGCCAGUGCUCUGUUAUUACUACAGUGGCGUCACUAACAGUAUCAUAUUUUGUUUACAUUUUCACCUAAAUGUGGAGUGUCAGAAGCUGAGAUUAAGAUUUGUUCUACAUGCUGUUGAUUGCAUGCUGCAAGCUGGUGACAUAGCUUAAAGAGCACCAGUGUACUUCCUCAUUUCGGUGGUGUGACUGUGUGUAUUCAGAACUUUUUUGUCACUGUUGCUUUUUCACUAGACCUUCUUUUUCCAUUUUUUCAUCAUUUAAUUUCUGCAGUUAUUUCUUUGAAAUUAACAAAACCACCAUUUUUUGCGCAGCUUGUUUUCUUCAAUAGUGUUUUCUUGAUGAUUGUACUCGUUUUGCUGCCUGUAGUGAGUGUGAAACUAUUUUCCUAAUUCUGUCUUGCUUUAAUGGAUAAUAUGUUUUAGCCCACGCCAUUCCUGCUUUGUAUAUUUUCUUUCCAAGUGAAAGGAUAGCGACCCUUCCCCACAGUGAUGUACGAUAUUUCAAAAUUUGACUAGACACCUCUUCUAGUUUUUGAGGUGGCAAAUGCGGAUGAGAAUUUCUAGUCAUAACCUUUUCCUGCACUCAGCAUACUGAGGAACUCCUUCACCUGACACUUUCGUCACACGUUUCACCACUGUCUUCUUUUUAGUUUCAGCGCUUGUAGACUUCAUUGAGAGAGUGCACGCUUAUACGUUUUUGUGUGUAAAUAGUGUGGACUAAAGGGUCGAUCUGAGAGCGUGGGCUGAUGACGGUGUACACAACUAUCUCGUGUACAUGCGACUAUUGAAAAAGAAACGAAAGAAUAAAGUGUCCGGAUAAUAAAAUCAGCAUUCCUUUGA